CCGAUCGUUGUCUACCUUUACCCACUUAUAUUCUGACUAGUUUUCGUAGAAGUGAGAGCAGGAAAGGUAAUACCUACGGAUUCAUUAAGGAUUUUAAGGGAUUGCACCCAAAAUUCGGAAAGACAAGAGAGGAAGGAGAAGAAGGAGUGCUGCUGUGUUGACAAAGGUCGAUUCUUUUCGUUAUAAAAGGAUAUACGGGCAGUGUAAGAGCCAAAAUAGAGACAUAUUUCGUCCAUUCGAGGUGCUGUAGUGGAUGUGACUCAUUUUUUUGAGAAAUCACGUUUGCUUUAUUUUUUUUUUUACAUUACGGUAUGGAGGCUGCUGUUUACGCAUCGCUUGUAGUGAGCUUCUGCCUGUGUAACAUCGUCUCAGCUUCGUCAAAUUAUGAGAUAUAUCAGUUAGAGUCGUUUCGGAUGUGCGGCUUUGGGGGAUCAGAAGCAUCAGUAUACAUUUCUCCGUGGGAUGCUGUUAUUUUGAGAGUCGGUGAUGACUUUCAGGCUGCCAGAAAUAUCCACAGAUGUAAGGUUAGAGUUAAAACGCAAGAAGGCUUCGGUUUAGCAGCUGUUAUUGAGGACAUGAGAAUACGGGGUAGAAAGGACAAGGAGACCAAUGGCUGGUUGUGUGAAGACUAUGUUAAGAUGAGCACGUCAGGUAGCUCCAUCCUUCACAAAUUCCUGGAUGCUGUACUACCAGGAGACCUAUUCAAAAGUAAAACAACGAAAGAACUUUGUGGAAUCCAGCAGAACAAAGGAGAUUCAAACUCUUCAUUCAGGUUCUCCGAAGUGGGAUCCAAUGCCAACAUCCUCUCCACGCUCGCCAGUCACUUAACCGUGGAAUUCCACCAAGAGAAAAGCAAUGAAAAUCCAGUGAACAACACUUUCACAAUUGUCAUCACAACUUACAAGCACGAUAGUGAUAAAGUGUUUGCAGAGGCUUGUCAGGGCAAGUACGUGUGCAAGGGGAGCAGCGCGUAUCAGUACUGCAUUCACCCAAGAUACGAGUGUGACUCCCACUUCAACUGUGCAUUCCCAUAUAGUGGAUCAGAUGAACAACGGUGUAGAGCAAUACAACAUCCCAUAUUCUCCAUGACCACCAUCAUCAUCACAACACUGGCUACCAUUGUAGGACUUGGGCUUAUAGUGUGCUGCCUCUUCACCUUCAUUAUGAGAGCCAGGUCUCGGACAACCACUCCAACAGGAACACCAAUUGAGGCUUCAGCACCCCCCCUGCAGCGCCAGCACACCCUGCCACGUUAUGAGGCAGUUGUUAAAUCUGAUGGGAGGCAGGGUUGGGGGCCCGAUGACCCUCCAUCCCCCAAUGAAUUCCCCCCGAACUACCAUGCCCUCUUCCCAAAUGGGCCUCCGAAGGACCUGGCUGCCGAGAGUGAUGAGUUAUAAAAGAAAACCUGGGAAACAGGGAGGACAGGAAAUGAGAAAAAGUGUGAAGGCAAA